UGUUAAAAUAUAAGUGGUUGCUUGAAAUAUCUUAUAUGCUUAUAUCUUUGGUCUUUUUUUGCAGGGAUCAAGUUAAGAGUCUUACAAAAAUAAUGUAUUUCUUAAGGUCAAAUUGGAGUAAAAAUAUCUAUCUUAGAUUCCAGUGUUGUAUAUUUGUUAGUAUAAUGAAAUUUCUUACAACCCUGAAUAAUGUACUUUUUUUUGUCCAGACAUGAUACAGGAUCAGUGAGUGAACUGACCAUGAAUGAAGAUUUUGCUGAAAACAGGAAUAUUUCUAUUCCAUCUUAUUUCUAUAUCAGAGGUUUUUCUGGGAUACCUCACAUAAGAUACUAUUACAUAUUCCUGUUUUUAGUCUACAUCAUUACUGUGCUUGGAAACUCCUGCCUCAUGUUUGUUAUCAUUACAGACCGAACUCUUCACACUCCUAAAUAUAUCGCUGUCUUUAAUUUAUCACUGACAGACAUUUUUGAGAGUACAGCUGUAAUCCCUCAGAUACUGAGCACGUUUUUGUUUGGGAAUCAGUUGAUCUCGUAUGGAUUGUGUUUGUGCAAUAUGUUCACCGUCUUUGUAUCUCUGACAACACAGUCACUAAAUCUUGCUGUUCUGUCUUUUGACAGAUUCGUAGCCAUUUGUUUACCACUGAGGUAUCAUAUGAUUGUGACUCAUAGAUCAAUGCUUAUUAUAAGUGGGGUCACAUGGUUAGUGUCACUACUCAUGAUUACUGUUUCUACAAUUUUCAUCAGUAGACUUUCUUUCUGCAGAGUUAUUGUCAUCAUAAACAGUUUCUACUGUGAUCAUGGGCCAAUAUAUGGUUCUGCCUGUAGCAAUAAUUUUCCAAGUUCUGUGAUAGGUAAAUUGUACUCGUCAGUGAUUCUCGGGUUUCCAGCAUUUUUUAUCAUCUUUUCAUAUACAUGUAUAGCUGUACAAUUGUUUCGAAUUACAACCCCACAAGACCGUCAUAGAGCCACAAAGACAUGUACUGCUCAUUUAAUAUUAGUAGCUAUAUUCUAUGUACCUAUCACGUUUACAUAUGCACUUGCGCCCAUUAUAGACACUAACACAAGGAUCAUUAAUCUCUCUCUGACUUCUGCACUUCCUCCAUUGCUUAACCCUAUAAUCUACACAAUGAAGACGGAGGAGUUCCUGGUGUCUGUGAAGAGGCUUCUUAAACGGAAAAUCAUAUUUCCAUCUCAAAAAUAAACCUCUUUUUCCGCAUUGUAAUUACUUUAUUAGAUGCUUUGGUGUUUAUUUUUUUCUUUGGAUGUUUAGAAUAUUUAUGCUUCUAUAAUAUCACAGGUUAUAAAAAGUCAGAGAACAGGUGUCAUGACAUUAUAAACCCACAACAUAUUUUGAAACCACCAAAAAACUGUUGAUGGGUUUGCUAAACAAAAGAAAACAAAAGAAUAGACCUAUCAUACAUAUUAAUAUACAGGAUUGUUUUGUAGGCUAAAUGAAGAAAGCGCAUUAUAUAUUAACAAAAAAGUUGUGUAUGUCCUUCGAAAGCAGAGCACUUGCAUAUGGUGUUUCGGUUUGUAAGAAAGGAACAUUCAUGAAUGAGAAUGGCAUUUCUUUCCCCGUGUAGUUCCAGAUUUACUCCAAAUGUUACAGAAUAUCCCAGAAAAAGAUUGAGAUUUUCUAUUGAUGUUUUACUUUAUAUAUGCAUUAAUUUUAAUAUUAAUGACAUUUUCUAUUGAUAUUUCAUUAUAUAAACUAAUGUUAUACAAAUCAUAACAGUGAUUUGGUAAAUCAAGCUGUUACUGUAUAUUGUAUAUGUUUACGCUUGCACAUGCACCUUGUAAUAAAUAAUUGUAUACUAAAUCUAACAAAUAAAAACUUGUUUUACAUA